AUGGAUGUUCCUGGUCCCAGGAAUAAAACCAUUUGCAGAGAAGGAAGUGGCCAUGACGGCGAUAAAAUCAGUUCUCUGCCAAACAAUCUGAUUGAGCACAUCUUGAGUUUUCUUCCAUUACGAGAAGCGGCCAAGACCUGUGUCCUGUCAACUUCAUGGAGGCGCACAUGGGUGAAUCGUCCAUCGCUUGUAUUCGAUGACCAGUUCUGGAAACCAUACCCAGUUGAGGUGGCUGCAAAUAAGAAUGUCGGUAGUAAUGGGGUCUAUUCUAUUACCAUCGAAAAACUGAUGUUGAAUGUGUUCACAGUUCUCUGCCACCAUAGGGGACCCUUGAAGGAGUUCUCUCUUUCUAUCCCUCAACUGAGUACCUUCCCGGCAUAUGUUGAUCAGAUUUUGCUUUCCUUAUACGAUAAAUUUAUUGAGAGCUUAUUCAUUUGGAUCAAUGAAUACAAGGUUCCUCGUUGUCUCUUCUCAUUCAGGCAGCUCAAGAAGUUGCGUCUGUAUGCCUGCGCGUUCACUUCCUCUCAAAUUUCGUUCGAGGAAUUCAGAAUGCUUACUAGCCUUGAUCUUAGAUGGAUCAAAUUCCCAAAUGCUGAGCGGGUUUCUUUCAUCAUCAGAUGCCCAUUGCUUUUAACUUUCACUCUGAUAGCUUGUGACACCGCUAAUGGCACCUAUCUUGAUAUACUGAGUGAAGCACCCAGCCUUAGCUAUUUCCAUUGCGUGGGGAACUUUAGCUCUGUGUGUGUCAAGUAUGCUCGGCAUCUCAAAGAUGUUAUUGUCCAUCAGACUGCAAGGUUAGUUGAUCCUUCUAAGAGCAAAGAUGAACCCACUAAUUUCAUGAAAUUAUGUGGUGGUUGUCCAGCACUAGAGCAACUAUGUAUAGCACUUGAGCUCUUCAGGGACUUGGCAACUCAAAAUCUGAUUACUCAACCGGGUCAAAUAUUUAUGUUAAUGAUGCUAAGGGAACUAAGGUUGGGUGAUGUGUGUCUCAGCUGUCCGAGGGAUGUCUGGUGUAGUAUGCUCUUAAUCAUACUUGCCCCAAACUUGCGAAACCUCAUCAUCACUACCAAGGCAAUGGCAACCCAGUACAUAGAUCUCAACCUGAUAUCUGCCAUACAGAGGGUGUGUGGACUCAAUAAACACAAAGCAAGUAAGCUGUUGAAAGUGGAGAUCAAUCAGUUGCAGGGUGUAAGAACAGAGAUGUGUUGCAUUCAAUGGUUAUUAGCUGCUUCACCUGAGCUUCACAAGAUGGAGAUCAAGUUUUCUCCUAAUUCACUACCUGCCGACCAGAUUCAGACUCUGAGGGAUCUGAAUGGGUUUCAGCGGGCCUCCAGCAAAGCACAAAUCAUAAUAUAG